AUGGCUUCAACUGGGAAACCCCCGUUGGACGAUUCCCGUCGUGGGACGGGAUCACCCAAGAUCAAGUCACGAGGAUGCGCUUUUAACCACGAUCCACAAAAGUUCAACCCUGCAUAUCAAUCGGACAGGUACCACCAACAGCAACAAAAAGCGACUCAAUGUCGACUCCCCGAGCUUCACUCCUUCCCUUUUAUCUUCCAAUGGAUCAUCCCCCACGAUGUCUUCGGCAACCGCGAAGAAGACCGCCACGAUAUCUCCCAAGGCUGCAAAUGCCGCUCCUUUUCAACCCCGAAGUAUAUCUUCCCGUAUGGUUUAAUACUUUUGAUGAUAUUGGCCAUUCCGCUGACGAGGCAAGAAGGCUCCAACGCGAGCACGCCCUCUGGUCGACAAGAAACGUUGACUCCGGACUGGUCGGUGGCCGAAGCACAGGAAUUCAUUCCUCAGACCUUCGAUACAUCCCACAUGGCCUCUUUACAGGGGAAUAGUAAUGGCGGAGUCCCCGCCUCGAGUCCUUUCGAUCCCUUUGUGACGGCCCCGAAUCCUCUCUCCGCUGCCGGUGCGGUCGGUUCUGUUCAAGCAGGCGCAUUCCCACAUGAGACUGCAGCUGCCGCCGCCGCUCUAGGCGGGGCCGCAUUUUUCGCCGGGCAAUCUGGCUUCCAGCAGCCGGUCCAAUAUCAUCUUUACGCGCCUAUCGGACCCCAUAGUCAAAAUACGUUAGGCUAUCAGCGAAAUGUUCAUGAUCUCUUUCUUCCGAGUGACUUCCGCGAAGAACUUCAGAAGAAGUCGGCAGCGACACUACAAACCCUGCCUAAUACGCAACUGCCCGCGCAGGUUGAUUACUUCCACUCGCUAGUUCCACUAGAUUUGAACCAUCAGAAAAACGCGGCAAUCUUCGGCUUUCCCAGCUGGGUUUACAAGGCGCAAUCAAGUAAGGAUGGGAAUUUCUACGCUCUUCGGCGUUUGGAAGGCUUUCGCUUGACGAACGAGAAGGCCAUCCGCUCCGUUCAAGCCUGGAAGCGAGUAUGCAAUGGCAGUGUGGUUACUGUUCACGACGCCUUUACCAGCAGAAGCUUUCAGGACAGCUCGUUAAUAUUCGUCACUGACUACCACCCCCUCUCGAAGACACUUGCGGAGCAACACUUAGGUGCGGGCAACAGAUUCCAGGGCCGACACAACGCACAUAUCCCGGAACAGGUACUCUGGGGCUACAUGACCCAAAUCGCCAACGGUCUCAAGGCCAUCCACAGUAGCGGUCUUGCCGCGAGAGUCAUUGAGCCUAGCAAGAUUCUCCUAACUGGCAGAAACCGCAUACGCCUCAAUGCCUGUGCGAUCCUCGACGUGGUCCAGUAUGACAACCAGCGAACCAUCGCCGAUCUCCAACGUCAGGAUCUCGUCGGGUUCGGACAGCUCAUCAUCACUCUGGGUGCCAACUCGCCGACAGUCAUGCAUAACCCCACCAAAGCUAUGGAACACUUCACUCGCGCUUACAGCCCCCAGCUGAAGAACUCGGUGUUUUGGCUUUUGAAUGGGCUGCAAAAGGACCAAGACCGUAACAUCGACAUGUUUAUUACCGGCAUCUCCUCCCAACUGAUGUCGACUUUUGACUCGGCUCUCCAUCUGGAUGAUCAGCUGACAUCAGAUUUGAGUCGGGAACUUGAAAAUGGACGCCUCGUGCGACUGAUGACCAAGCUGAAUCUCGUGAAUGAGCGACCAGAGUAUGAACAUGAUAGGCAAUGGUCUGAGAACGGCGAACGAUACUUCCUGAAACUCUUCCGGGAUUAUGUUUUCCAUCAGGUGGACGCCCAGGGCGAUCCUGUCGUUGAUAUUGGCCACGUACUUACAUGCUUGAACAAACUAGAUGCAGGAAGCGACGAGAAGGUCACGUUAGUGAGUCGAGACGAGCAAAGCUGUUUUGUUGUCAGCUAUAAGGAGGUCAAGAAGGCGCUGGAAUCCUCGUUCCAGGCACUUCUCAAACCUGCUCGAAGGCUUCACUAG